UUUCUAUGUUUAUAUCUUCCAUUGCAGAUUGAAGGGUCCUUUAUCAGCAUAAUGUCUGUCAUCAAUGAUUCUAGCUUGUAUCCUCGAUUCCUUCUGACUGGUUUUCCAGGACUUGAAACAAGAUAUGGCCUGAUUUCCAUCCCUAUAUUUUUGGUUUAUGUCACUUCUAUUGCAGGGAAUAUUACUAUCUUAUUCAUUAUCAGAACUGAGUCUUCCCUGCAUCAACCAAUGUAUUACUUUUUGUCUAUGCUGGCACUCACUGACCUGGGCCUCUCCACCACGACCUUACCUACCAUGUUCAGUGUGUUUUGGUUCCAAGCCCGGGAGAUCCCCUUUAAUGCUUGUCUGGUUCAGAUGUACUUCAUUCAUGUUUUCUCAAUUAUUGAGUCAGCAGUGCUCUUGGCCAUGGCAUUUGAUCGCUUUGUAGCAAUUCGUGAACCUCUGCGCUAUGCAGCUAUUCUAACCAAUACUGUCAUUGUUGGAAUUGGCUUGGCAAUUGCUGGAAGAGCCUUAGCCCUGGUCUUUCCAGCCUCCUUCCUCCUGAAGAGGCUUCAGUAUCGGGUUAUCAAUAUACUCUCCUACCCGUUCUGCCUGCACCAGGAUCUCAUAAAGACAACUGUAUCCAGUCGCUGGGUCAGCAGCAUCUAUGGCCUCAUGGUGGUCAUCUUCUCCAUGGGACUGGAUUCUUUGCUUCUCCUCCUAUCCUAUAUCCUCAUCCUGGGCACUGUUUUGAGUAUAGCCUCCAAAGCAGAAAGGAUAAAAGCACUCAACACUUGCAUUUCCCACAUCUGUGCUGUACUCACUUUCUAUACACCAAUGAUUGGGUUAUCCAUGAUCCGUCGCUAUGGGCAGAAUGCUUCUCCAAUUGUCCAUGUGCUCAUGGCCAAUGUAUACCUACUGGUUCCUCCUCUCAUGAACCCUAUUGUCUACAGUGUGAAGACUAAGCAGAUUCGUGACAGAAUCCUGAGAAAAUUAAAGAAACAUAAAGUUUAG